AUGCAUCACAAACUUCACACAGAUGCAAUAGAGUUUCUCAAAAAUAAGGUGUAUCUGGGAUCAUAUGACCAAGCACCAGAAAAUUCAAGCAGCUUCGUCUAUUUCACAGUUGAGGAUGCACUUCCAUAUAAUGCAUUCCAUUUGGAUUUCGGUCCAUUACAUAUUGGUCAUCUCUAUAGAUUCGCAGUUGCCCUUCAUAACAUCCUCAAUGACCCAAAGAACAGCUCAAAGGCGGUAGUCUUUUAUUCGUCUAGCAGUGCUAAAGCUAGAGCAAAUGCUGCUUGUAUUCUUUGCUGUUAUUUAGUUCUUGUGCAGGAUUGGGCACCUCACCAGGUUUUACAGCCAAUAUCACAGAUUCAACCUCCACUAAUGCCAUUUCGGGAUGCGGGCUACUCAAAGGCAGAUUUCGAGCUCAGUAUACAGGACGUUGUGUACGGGAUAUGGCGAGCCAAAGAGAGAAAUAUGAUAGAUAUAACAAAUUUCAAUUUGGAGGAGUACGAGCAAUAUGAAAGGGUCGACCAGGGUGAUUUCAACCUGAUAUGCGAUGAAUUUAUUGCAUUUGCAUCUCCCAGACAAUCAAGGCCAGGGGCACCUUUGAAUCAACCAUUUAGAAAGCUUUUGCAGUAUUUUGUGUCGCAUAAUGUCGAGCUAGUUGUCAGAUUAAACACCCAUCUAUACGACAAGAACGAAUUUGAAAAAAGAGGCAUCAAGCAUCUGGAUAUGAUUUUUGAGGAUGGAACUUGCCCUACAAUGGAGCUGGUCCAAAAGUUUAUUGGUGCUUCCGAAACGAUUAUAUCCAACGGUGGAAAAAUUGCCGUUCAUUGCAAAGCAGGUCUUGGAAGAACAGGGUGUCUUAUAGGGGCAUACUUGAUAUACACGCAUGGAUUUACAGCAAACGAGUGCAUUGGCUAUAUGAGGAUGAUGCGUCCGGGCAUGGUUGUUGGGCCUCAGCAGCAUUGGCUAUAUCUUCAUCAAAAUGAAUUCAGAGAUUGGAGACACACUAUGGUGCUAGAUACAGAGCCCGAUAAAUCGAUUGGCGGCCUUUUCCCAUUGAUACCGCUUGAUGCAUAUAAGGAAAGAAGACGUCAGAGGAGGCGAAUGGAGACGGAAAGAGACAACAUGGAUAUGAAUGAUGCUGACAUACCCGCAGAUGAAUCCGUAGAUAUUUCAUCCAUGGGAGGAAGGAGGAAAGUUUCCACACAAUUACGACAAGCAGCUACAGAAGCCAUUCCUUCGGAUAAUCCCGGACAGCCCCGCAAAUAUAUAGGGAGAAAUGGCCGUUAUACAAACUCAGACGAGGAGAGAGACAACGAGGAUGAUGCUCCAUAUACCUCAACAGUAGGGAAUAAUGCAAUAUCAAGCAGUCCGAGGAAAGAGAUGAGUGUCUUUAAUGAAAAUCAGGAGAAUGUUGUUCCAGUAGUUGAUGACGAUAGUGAUGUUUUUAUGGGUGAUAAGGAUUCUAAGGUGUCCACUCACUUGACCAGGAAAACAGCAAAUCACUCAUCACCUACAAAGCAUCAUAGGUAUCCAUCUCAAUUUUAUAGGAGGACAACAACCACAACUAAGACAACAACUACGAUUGCAUCGUCUCCUCCGCCAUCUAGGUUUGCAAAGAAGAAUGGUGCUGAUUCAGCGAUAAAAGGUGCGAAGCAAAGGUCAAUAAGUUCAACCAGGUCUAUAAAGGGAGGAAGAGUUUUGAGUUCUGAGAGAAUAAUAGGCAACCCAGGGGUCCGUAAGCUGUCUGCAAAACGUUACGAAUCCUAA